CCUUUGUAACAUGAUAAAACUAGCUUUUCUGUGAAUAUUAAGUUGUGAAAAUGCUUCCAAUAGAGGAAGUAAAAUCAACUUUAGAAGAUGCAGGACAGUCUCAUAUUCUGCAAUUUUGGACCGAACUUUCUGAGGGUGACAAAAGCUCAUUUCUGGUCGAGUUGUCUCAGUUAGACUUGCAUGAAUUGCGCGAGCACUGUGAACGUGCCGCGGAAUCUGCAGCAAAUGUUCAGUCCGCAUCAGCCGCUGACCAGCAAAUUGAGCCAGUACCUUCAGAAUUCAUCGGGAGCAUUCGGAAGAGUGAUCAAACCACUUUAACUUGCUGGGAAAAUGAAGGGUAUUUGCAAAUUUCCCAGAACCGAGUUGCUAUGUUGUUGUUGGCUGGCGGUCAGGGGACUCGUCUGGGAGUGCCAUACCCAAAAGGAAUGUACGAUGUGGGGCUUCCAAGCCACAAAACCCUGUAUCAAAUCCAGGCAGAGCGCAUCCGCAAAGUACAAGAGCUGGCGAAUGCAAAGCAUGGAUCAAAGUGCACAGUAACAUGGUAUAUUAUGACUAGUGAGUUUACCUUGGAUCCUACCAAGAAUUUCUUCCAGGAGAAUAAUUACUUUGGACUGGAUCGCUCUGACGUGGUCAUGUUUGAGCAAAGGAUGAUCCCUGCUGUGACUUUUGAUGGAAAGGUUAUUCUACAGGACAAAGGGAAGAUUGCCAUGGCACCAGAUGGAAAUGGUGGCCUGUACCGAGCUCUGGUAGAUAACAAGGUCCUUGAGGACAUGGAGAAGAGGGGUGUGGAGUACCUACAUGUGUACUGUGUUGACAACAUCCUGGUCAAAAUGGCUGAUCCCAUUUUCAUUGGUUUUUGCGUGAGCAAAGGUGCUGACUGUGGUGCCAAGGUGGUUGAGAAGGCGUACCCAGCAGAGCCAGUGGGCGUGGUGUGCAGGGUGGCGGGGGUGUACCAGGUGGUGGAGUACAGCGAGCUCCCCCUGGACUUGGUAGAGCAGCGAGGCCCAGAAGGAGAGCUUGUGUACAGCGCCGGAAACAUUUGCAACCACUUCUUCACACGGGCCUUUCUCAACGAAGUGGCACAGAAGUAUCAGGGCCAACUCAAGCAGCAUGUGGCCCUCAAGAAAGUCCCCUUUGUGGAUCAAGACGGAAACAUGGUGAAACCCACCAAACCGAACGGGAUCAAAAUGGAGAAAUUUGUUUUUGAUGUCUUUCAGUUUUCAAGGAAGUUUGUGGCAUUUGAAGUUCUGAGAGAGGACGAGUUCUCACCAUUGAAGAAUGCUGAUGGAGCACCCUUGGACACCCCUACAACAGCCAGACGAUCCUUACUGGCGCAGCACUAUCGCUGGGCACUGGCUGCAGGAGCCAAUUUUCUUGAUGCCCAAGGGAAGCCCCUCCCUUCAAGACCCAGGGUAACACAGGAUGAAGACCCACCAGUAGUCUGUGAGAUAUCCCCACUGGUAUCUUUCUUUGGGGAGGGUUUGGACCAGCUGCUGAGACAGAAGGCCCUAACCACCCCCCUCCUGCUGGAUGAGAAGAGGGCAAAGGAACUUCUACAGGCCCAGUAGCUCUACAGCACACAUCUCCCAUCCAAUAGGACCUACCUCUUGACUAGUUGAUCCUGUUGACAUGAGCUGCUCAUUCCUUCUGAACUUCAAAAUGGUGCCCCUCAAAAGGAUGCAUGUCAUAUACAUAUAUACAUGUAUACAUACACAAAUAUUUGCUUUAUAUGAAAAGCAUGUAUUUCUUUUAAAAUGUAUUCUUUAUUUUUUCCACAUUUUCAGUAAGGGACUGUUCGGAUUACCAUUAAUUUUCAUAGAAAAGGGAUUAAGAGCACAAAGAAAGCAUUGGCGAUGACAAGAUGAAAUUCAAAACAAAGUAUCCAAAUUUACACUUUGUUUGAAUUCCAUACUUUUUAUUUAUUGCUUAAAAAUAACAAAUGGAUCUAGCACUUAAAGCCAAAUUAUCUUUUUAAUCUUUUGAUUUCAAACAUUUCUGUUCAUAUUAUUAUCUUGGGAUUUAUAUUUCGAUAUGCAUUUGGAAAAGUGGAAAAACCUAAAUGCUCUUCAAAAAGCAAAACUCAAGUACUGUAAUCAUGAGAACUUUACAUCCGGGAUUUAUGUUUCAACUUUUUAUUCAUUUUGAGGAAAAUAUACUGACUCUUUUUACCGUUUGUAUACCAAAUGUUAAAAAUAAAGGUAGUAUUGAAAUUA